CGCUGUGUGAGCCGCAGUCUCUGGAUCGCUAAGGUGUUGCGGUAGUCUGUGGCCAGCCUCGCCCCCAAACCCGGUGUUGUUGGGCUGCAUCCGGAGCAGGGACGUUGGCGGAGCACCGGACGCGGCCACCAUGCCGAUCAAUAAGUCGGAGAAGCCGGAAAGCUGCGAUAACGUGAAGGUGGUGGUUAGGUGCCGGCCUCUCAAUGAAAGAGAGAAGUCAAUGUGCUAUAGACAGGCCGUCAGCGUGGAUGAAAUGAGGGGAACUAUCACCGUCCAUAAGACCGAUUCCUCCAACGAACCUCCAAAGACGUUUACUUUCGAUACUGUUUUUGGACCAGAAAGUAAACAACUUGAUGUGUAUAACUUAACUGCAAGACCAAUUAUUGAUUCUGUUCUGGAAGGCUACAAUGGGACCAUCUUUGCAUAUGGACAGACUGGGACAGGCAAGACUUUCACCAUGGAAGGCGUUCGAGCAGUACCAGGGCUCAGAGGGGUCAUCCCGAACUCAUUUGCUCACAUAUUUGGUCACAUCGCAAAAGCAGAGGGCGACACAAGGUUUUUGGUUCGAGUGUCAUACUUGGAGAUAUAUAAUGAAGAAGUUCGAGACCUUUUGGGUAAAGAUCAGACCCAGAGGUUAGAGGUUAAAGAAAGGCCUGAUGUGGGAGUAUAUAUCAAAGAUUUAUCAGCAUAUGUAGUCAACAACGCUGAUGACAUGGAUAGAAUCAUGACUCUAGGCCACAAGAACCGUUCUGUUGGUGCGACGAAUAUGAACGAGCACAGCUCCCGAUCCCACGCCAUCUUUACAAUCACUAUAGAGUGCAGCGAGAAAGGCGUGGACGGGAACAUGCACGUCAGGAUGGGCAAGCUCCACCUUGUGGAUCUGGCUGGGUCAGAAAGACAAGCAAAAACUGGAGCCACAGGACAGCGCCUCAAGGAAGCUACCAAAAUCAACCUUUCAUUGUCUACCCUGGGCAACGUUAUUUCUGCCUUGGUGGAUGGAAAAAGCACUCACGUGCCAUAUCGGAACUCCAAACUGACACGUCUCCUGCAGGAUUCCUUAGGAGGGAACUCAAAAACCAUGAUGUGUGCAAAUAUUGGGCCAGCAGAUUAUAAUUAUGAUGAAACUAUUAGCACCUUGCGGUAUGCCAACCGUGCCAAGAACAUUAAAAACAAAGCGAGAAUCAAUGAAGACCCAAAGGAUGCUCUGCUCCGCCAGUUUCAGAAAGAAAUAGAAGAGCUGAAGAAAAAGCUUGAGGAAGGGGAAGAAGUGUCAGGCUCUGACAUCAGUGGGUCAGAGGAGGAUGACGAGGAGGGUGAACUUGGAGAAGAUGGAGAAAAAAGGAAAAAGAGAAGGGGCAGUAGCAGCAGCAGUAGCUCAGACUCCACAUGUUCUGUCAUAGAGAAGCCCCUGGAUGAGUUCUUGCCUCACCAAGCAGGUAAAAAGAAAGUUUCCCCAGAUAAGAUGGUGGAAAUGCAAGCGAAAAUUGAUGAGGAGAGAAAAGCACUGGAAACCAAACUUGACAUGGAAGAAGAAGAAAGAAACAAGGCUAGAGCUGAACUAGAGAGACGGGAGAAGGACCUUCUGAAAGCCCAACAAGAGCAUCAGUCUUUGCUGGAAAAGCUGUCUGCUUUGGAAAAGAAGGUCAUUGUCGGCGGCGUGGACCUGCUGGCCAAAGCCGAGGAGCAAGAGAAGCUUCUGGAGGAGUCCAACAUGGAGCUGGAGGAGCGGAGGAGACGAGCUGAGCAGCUUCGGAAAGAGCUGGAGGAAAAGGAGCAAGAACGCUUGGACAUCGAGGAAAAAUAUACCAGUCUGCAAGAGGAGGCACAAGGAAAGACCAAGAAAUUAAAGAAAGUCUGGACCAUGCUGAUGGCUGCAAAGUCAGAGAUGGCUGAUCUCCAGCAGGAGCAUCAAAGGGAGAUCGAAGGCCUCCUGGAGAACAUUCGGCAGCUCAGCCGGGAGCUCCGUCUUCAGAUGCUCAUCAUUGAUAACUUCAUACCUCAGGAUUACCAGGAAAUGAUUGAAAACUACGUCCACUGGAAUGAAGACAUAGGAGAAUGGCAGCUAAAAUGUGUGGCCUACACAGGAAAUAACAUGAGGAAACAAACUCCAGUCCCUGACAAGAAGGAGAGAGACCCGUUUGAAGUCGACCUUUCCCACGUGUACCUCGCCUAUACAGAGGAGAGUCUGCGCCAGUCUCUGAUGAAGUUAGAAAGGCCACGGACCUCCAAGGGGAAAGCAAGACCAAAGACUGGGCGAAGAAAGCGUUCUGCAAAGCCUGAGACCGUAAUUGAUUCUUUACUUCAGUAAAUGUUACAGAAUUAAAGUUACAAUAAUAAAAAGAGUGCUGUCUCAUGCCUGGAGAGAACUCCUUAAUUAAGACACGAGGACAACUGUAUGGUUCACUAAUGGAAGCUGUAAAGCAUGGAGAGAGACUGGAAAUAGCAAUUUUCCUAAUACCUUUUAGACUCUUUAAGUUUCUGUAACAUGUAAGUGCGCCGCAGCUCAUGGUCGUUGGGCAUGGCGCACUGUGUCUGUCACACUGCUCUGCAGGAAGUAAGGGCACCGUUGUUGUACGUGAAUGUGCGUGUCUUAGCUAUGUACUCAACUGCUGUGGCUCUGGACAAGCAGACUCUCAGACUAGAACCAAGUCUGUCUUGAUUGCACACAGCAUAUAGCAGAUCACCUUGUCCUGUGUCCUGUGCCAGUCUCGGCUGCCCAGCUAAGCAGUGGCUUGAUUCUGUACCUGCCUGGCCUGUCUAAAUGCAGUCCAACUUUACACUCAUCCUGACUGCAUCUAAGCGUGCAAUGACUACCUUGAUUGAUCUCCUGUGGAAAACUGUAAAAUCUGACAGCUCUGCAGGCUUCCAUCCUGAAGAUGCAGUCUGAAUGUGUGCUCGCCUGUGCAUCCUCCACUUCUGUAGCUCUGACUCCACAUUCAGCCAUUGUUGUUACAAAGUUGGCUACCCACUUCUCCUGAAGCCAGCAUUAGCCACUUACCUUGCUCACACACACAUGCUAAAACAGCCCCUGGACAUACAACUUACAAACACUCCCUUGUCUGAAUUUUAAGUUUGAUGGAAAUAACUAUAAAAAAUGAGACCAGUCUCAUUUUUCAGAAAAUGAAACAAAGUAAAAAAAAAAACUUUUAAUUUUCUUUAUUUUAUAUAUAAAUUUUAUAUAUAAAAAUACUCUUGUGGAUUUCUUGUAUUGAAUAAUCCAGUUAGAUGGUAUUCCUCUACACAAAAAUGUUAAUGCUCGUUGUAUAGUAGGAUAAGUUGUAAUAAAUAGGAAAGUUUUGGUUUUGUUGUUUACAUAUAUAAUUUUUUGAAGGUCAUGUGCUUCCUAAACCCGAGUUUGAAAUUAUACAAUCAACUCUGAGCUAUUGAUUGAAAUUAUAGUCAACUCUGAGCUAUUGAUUGCAAAAGUCUUGAGACUUCCCAAGUGAGGAUAAAUUAAAUUGCUCUGAUUUUAACAAGUUUGGAUAAAUACUGACUUACAGCUACAUUGCUCUGUUUGGCUGCGGAUGGCUGAUUAGAGGGGCAGCCCUGGCGAGACGUAGAAAACAUGGCAGGUCAGUUUUAGGCUCUCACGAAUUAGAGCCCUGAGUAUCCUGGAUGUGCAGGGUGCUGGUGUUAGCAUGGCCGUGCGGCAGCAUCUUCAAGAUUGUGAGUGUGGCCUGCUGUGACUCGAUGAGCUCUGUGUGUGUUUGUGUGUGUGUGUGUGUGUGUGUGUGUGUGUGUCUCUUGCAAAGGCUCAUGUGAGCUGAGCAUCUUGGUGACGUCAAAUUUUGCAAUGAUGUAAAUUUACCUGUUAGUAAUUAGAAGAAUCUAUAUGCCUUCAUUUUAAAAGUCCAUGUUUCUAUCAUUUAACAGUUCAGUUGGCCUAGAAGGAAUAUCUGCUGUGAAGUAAGCUAAAACAUGAACAAUUUUAAUAAAAAUUAAAUCUAGCUAAAGCCUAUCACAGUAACACAAGUAACUCCGUAAAACUAACAAUUUAGAAACUUCUCCGAGCAUCUUGACUUAAUAAUUUUAUUUGCUUGCUUGUUUUUUUGAGACAGGGUCUCUGUGUUAGCCCAGGCUGGCCUGGGACUCAUCGUGAUCCUUCUGCCUCAGCCUCCCAGGUGCUGAGAAUGCAGGUGCAUGGUAUCAUACCAAGCCAUAUGUUUAUUAAAGCAUUGAUGUUAAAACUCUAAUCAGGUGGACAUUGUUCAUUUUCUGAAAACCAAAUUCGAUUCUCGCCAGGUGGGGAGGUCUGUUGAAGAAGGUAGGAAGCCCACUUCUGCCACAGCCAUGCUGUGGCUGCUUCUCCUGGACUCUGUCUUCAUCUGCAAAUGGAAUCAUUUUCAGUGUUAAUCCCAUGAAUGGAUAGAGAUGUAGAACAAACUUGCUUAAUGUUUAAAAUAGAUGUACAGAUUUACUGAGUGGAACAGAUCUAUAAAUAGGCUAUUGAUAACAUAUCCCUUUUUCUUUGAUUUCAAAGGUAGUAGUUAUUUAUUUAAAAGUCAUGUAUAGUGUGUUAUGGCUGGCUCUGCACUUACAUACCCUGGCAGUCAGGCUCUCUCCACUCAGUGUCCACUGUGAUCUUCACGCUUGGCUAAAAGGAAGGCUCUGCAGCUGCUGUUUGCCCCGGAAUCCUCUGGUCUCAUUUAUAUUCCGGGAAAGGUGAUUUUCAAAUUUAUGGUUUUGGCAGCCAGAGCAUCAGGGUUAGUUUGGAAGGAGAGGGGGAAGUGUUACUUCAUCUGCAGCAUGUUUUAAAGUGAAUAUUAUAGUUUCAGCGAUUUUAUUUCCAUUUUAAGUUUAUGUGGCCCAUCCCCCUUUUCUCUUUGAACUCUUAACACAAGGAACACCUUUUUUCCUUAUAGAGCUGUGAAUUAAGGAAUGGGCAGAGUUUACAUUUACACACACCUGAGUCUGCCCAGUUUCUCCCCUCUCCCAUUUUGAAAUAGAGUCCAAUGUAGUCCAAGCUGGCCACAAAGCCUCUGUGUAGCCCAGGUUGGCCUUUGAGCUCCUUAUCCUCCUACCUCCAUCUAACAGUUGCUGGGAUCACGCUUAUGCACCAAUCACCACACCGAGCUUCUCCACCCCUUCUUAACAUAUAUAAUCGUUUUCUGCCUUCCUUUUUCUUAAAACACUAGAACCCAUAGUUCUUCUUAGUGCCUUGGAGCUGACCCUGCAGAUUGACUAAUUAGAAUCAGUGAACCCCUGAGUAGUGUUACUGUAAUGCUGUUACCGACCAGGAAACAAACUGUACAGAAAGUUGGCUGUGUUAAUUGAAAAUCCACACUUGAGCUGUAUUUAAUGUAUAAAUUGUACUUGUCCGAGCUGUAUAUAUCAAUGCUGUGUGUACAUGCAGCCCAGUAAGAUGAGAAAUAAAUGC